AUGGUUAAAAUUGGUGACAUUAGUGAUUUAUUCGGAAAACUUGAUAAGAAUCAUAAUGGUCUUGUAUCACAAAGAGAAAUAAAGGCUUAUCUGAGGUCAAAUUCUACUAAAUAUAACACUAAGGAGGUUAGGGAAUUCGUUAAGAAAAUUGAUGACAACUCGGACGGUCAAAUUAGUUUGGAAGAACUGACUAAAGCUUUAUCAGGGAAUUUAGAUAUUUCCAAAUUGCUAUUCAUCCUUUUCAUGGCUAAUUCCAAUCCCCAACUCACUGUGUUCGUUGCCAUUCCUCUUUUCCAUUUCCCUUCAGGAUUCCAAGUUGUCACUUGCGUCGUGAUACAGUUUGGUGAUUUCCUCAAUGUGUGUCUUAUCCGCUUCAAUCGUCUUUUCCUAAUUUCCGCCUCAGCUGGAAGCUGGAUUGUUCUCUCCCACAGUAUGCUGUUGCCGAUGUACCUGUAUAUUUUGAUGAUGUUUGUGGUAGUUCUCGACGUUUCAGCUCGGUACAAUAGAACUGUCUUGACGUUCGUAUUGAAGAUUCUGACUUUGAUGUUGGUUGACAGUUAUUUUGAGUUACAUAUUCCUGAGGAAGUAAGAUGUAUAUUCAAUGACAUUGAUAAAAAUCACAAUGGAUUUGUUACAAAUAGAGAAUUAAGUUCAUAUUUCAGAAGACAUCAUGCCAAAUUCAAUCGUAAUGAGGUGAAGAGUUUCAUUUGUAAAUUAGACAGUGAUGGAGAUGGACAAAUUAGUUUACCAGAAUUAACAAGAGCACUUACUGGUAGAUAUUAACCAGUUGACAUAUGAUUUUGAUGUUUGUUAUACUUUUCUUUCAAGAGUUUUUCCACUCUUUUUUUUCUUUAAAAUUUCACAUGCAGCACUUUAAAACAGCUUGUAUUGUAACGUCAAAAUUAUAUCAUCAAUGUUUAUUCUCAUUCUAAAAUAAAAAUAAUACGAUUGUUAAAAUAACAUUUUUAUCAUUGUCUUACAAUAGAAUGAUGUAGAU